AUGGCGAUGGAUAUGAUGGGUCCUUCAGGGAAACCCCUGUCUCAAGUAAAAUAAUUACAGGGGGCUCGCGAGUCGUAAUCACAACACCAUGGACUUUGUUGACUUGACGCAGUUUCGAAUCACCACUCCCUUCGCUUUGCCUGAAAUUAUUCCGUACAGUAGUGGCACAGCGGACAGUGGGAGGAAAAGCCACCAGGUCAGCCUCCAUGUCACUACCCGCCCUUUGCGAAUCAGAGUUAUCACGACUGUGACACGGGGCGUACGGGACCUUGCAGGAAUCACCCGUAGUCUGACAUGGCACGAAAACACAGAAAAUUGGUUUGGCAAAAGACAACUGUUCGAGCAUGAACAGCUUAUAGACCGAGUGCUUCCGGCGUGCGGAAAUCACGGCAAACGUGCCAUGCAGUACUGUACGACAGACUGCGAGAUUGUGGUUCCUGUCACCUGUCACCUGUCACUUGGAUAUGCUGUCCAACCUCACAUGAGCUUUUCAUAGUUCUUUGAUGCUAUUCUCGUCCUCGCUGGCCUCAUACCCCUCUACAUAUAAUAACAAACACUUGCUUGCUGCCUUAUCGUGGCACAAAUUCUCCCUCAAACACACACAGAGUUUUUGUUAGCUUGGUCCCCUUGCUUUGGUCCACUUGAACCGGACCACCAUUCCCAGA